AGAGAGAGAGAGAGAGAGAGAGAGAAAGGUCAUGGCCUAGAAUGCGGAGGUGGUGGUGGUGGUAGCUGUGUAGAGUUUCGUCUGCUGCACACUGUAAACACUGGGCAGCAGCAGCAGCAGCAGCAGCAGCACGGCGCGGGUCUGGCUUCCCUUGAUGUAGGGCGUGAUCCUCAUCAAACCAAACCUGCAGCUACGUUAUGGCCAGAGUGUUCUCCCACUUAUUCCAGAAUGUAAAGCCUUUGUCUCACCGGUUGGAUCGCCCAGUGCGGUGUGGAGUGGCGCGUGUGGCGGGCUGGGAGCGGCUCUUCCACAACACCCCAGGCCUGUACGCCUUCCCCAGACCUAAACUGUCACCACAGGAGGUGUCCCAGAUCCUGCGUCAGAAUGAGGGAGUGGUACAAGUUAGUGGGUGUGGAGACCAUGAGUGGUCACCUGAUGAAGUCACUCCAGCAGCUACUUACUCCAUAGAUUCAGUUGACUCUAACCAGUUGGCCUCUAAUAGCCCUAUUGAGGACAAGUUGGCAGCUGCCCGUUGUCUCCACACUACAGGCUACCUGUUUGGUGUGUUUGAUGGCCAUGGAGGACCAGAGUGCAGCCAGGUGGUGGCCAAGAGGCUGUUUGACUACAUUGCUGCAUCCCUCUUGCCUCGCAGUGAGCUACGGCGAGUGGUGGCAGAAUGGCAGGCAGGCUCUCCUGUGGCCCUUACACAGGUGUACAAUGAUAACUCAAUGUUUGUCUCUGAGCUGCAGGAGAUAUAUGAUGCCUCCCUCCUGCGUUACUGCAAUCAGCUGCUGACCUCAGUGUCUGAAGACUUCAGCAUGGAAGAAGCAUUGGCACGGUCCUUUACUCAACUGGAUGGAGAUCUUGGAAGGGAAGUGGAGGAGAACCAGCGGUCAGCUGUGCUAGAACCACUGGUGCGUGUGGCACUGUCUGGUUCAGUGGCCUGUGUGGCUCAUGUGGAUGGGCCUCAUCUCCACAUAGCCAACACUGGUGACUGUGGGGCUGUACUAGGCAGCCAGCGACAGGAUGGGGGCAGUGGGUGGCAGGCACUGCGACUCACUGAGGACCACACAUGGGAGAACCCAUUAGAAGUGGAGCGGGUGGUGUCUGAACACCCACCUAAUGAAGCAGAGAAUGUGGUGAAGGACCAGCGACUGCUUGGGCUCCUCAUGCCCUUUAGAGCCUUUGGGGACUUUCGCUUCAAAUGGGAUCGUGAGAAACUGCUUAGUGUGAUUCAACGUUAUGCUGAUCAUAAUAGCAUAAUUCCAACCAGCCUCACUCCCCCAUACCUCACUGCCAUGCCAGAAGUCACCUAUCACCGCCUUCGGCCGCAUGACAGGUUCUUGUUGAUGGCCUCAGAUGGCUUAUGGGAAUGCAUGAGCCCAUUGGAUUCUGUCAUGUUAGUGGGAGAGUACAUGUCAGGCCGCCAGACCCUCCAGCCAGUGCGUCUCCCACACCAUGGUGUUACCCUCAGGGAGGUUGAACAAGUGCUGGAGCAGAGACUUAAGGGCCUCUCCCUCAAGCCUGUGGAUACCAGUGCUGCCACACACCUCAUUCGCCAUGCCAUUGGUGUCUCUGACACUGGCCUGGACCAUGCUAGACUCUCUCACUCCCUCACACUUCCUCCCGAGGUCCGUCGUUAUUUCAGGGAUGACAUAUCCAUUCACGUCAUAUUUUUUGAUUCCAACUUUUUGAGAGUCUGUCCGAUAGAAAUUUAAAUUAUAAAAUGGUUUUCUUAAUUUCUUUUGUUUCCUUGCAGUUAUUUUGCUCAAUGGUUUAGGUGAGGGUUUGUAGCAGACAAUCAAAAUUACCACAACAAAGUAUUUUGGGGUAGUUCAUUCAGUAUUUGGCUAGGCUUGAGAAUCUUAAUCCAGUUGUUGUACAGUGAUGAUUCCAGCUCUUUUGUGAAUAGCCUACCUCGUGCUUCUCUUUGUUGAGAAAGUCAUGAAUGUGCAAUAUGGAAAAAGUAGAUUGAGUGGCUGUAAAGUGAUUGGAGUGCAAAUGAGGAUUUAGGACAGAUGUAAGGAGAGUGAUUCUUCAGCUUGCACCACAGUGAGUAGAAUACCAUGAGAAUCAAGUCCUGCCACCCAACAUUUCAUUCAUGUCUGUUAAUUGGGACACUGAGAAAUGUGCUAGAUAAGAUGUUAAUAUAUUAUUAGAAUUAGGAAUCAGAGAAUAUGGCAUAACAUGAAUAUAACCAUUUCCAUCUGAUUUCAAGGUGUCUCAGAAAAGUUAUAUCCACAUUUUAUUUUGUGGUAGACCUGGAUGUGUAUGAGGCUUCACUAUACUUCCCUUUCAACACAAGAGUACAGAAAAUAGCCACCAUAUUUUAAAUGUCUUUCAUAUUACAUAAUUAGCAGAAGUAUGCACUGAGUGCCUCCUGACUUUCUGGUAUUACAUUGACAACAAAAUAAAACAGUCAAGUUGGCUCACUUUUGCAGGAUGAGUUGACCUUUAUAUAUAUAUAUAUAUAUAUAUAUAUAUAUAUAUAUAUAUAUAUAUAUAUAUAUAUAUAUAUAUAUAUAUAUAUAUAUAUAUAUAUAUAUAUAUAUAUAUAUAUAUAUAUAUAUAUAUAUAUAUAUAUAAGAUGAUCUUUACUGCCAUAGACCACUAGAUCACUGAAACACUAAACUCCUUGAUAUAUUGAUUUUGAGUCAUCCAUGUAGAGCAAGUAUUCUAAAAAGGUAGCCAAGAUUCAAACUCCCAACAUUGUGAUCACCAGGUGGGAGUACUACCAGUGAAGCCACGAGUUAUGUCACUACAUGAGGGCUGCAAGACUUGAUUUUGAAUGUUGUGUCAAACUGUGCAGUAUGGCACAGUUAACCACUAUAGUACUUCCUCAUAGAGUUAUGAGGGAAAGAAGGGAAAUAGACAUGCAAAGUGCCACUUUUCAUCAUAAUCUGUGUUACUGUUAUGUUGUUUUGAUGCUGCAGUGAAGGAGCAGGUUGUGGCAAGUCUUGGACAGUCCUAGGAAGAGGUUGUGAUAUGGUCAUCUUCCUCCUUAUAUUGCUAUCCCAAUACAUAUAUAUAUAUAUAUAUAUAUAUAUAUAUAUAUAUAUAUAUAUAUAUAUAUAUAUAUAUAUAUAUAUAUAUAUAUAUAUAUAUAUAUAUAUAUUUGAAAAUGAGACAAGCCAAAAGCUUGAAAGUAAGAGAAAAAAAUUGCUUGCUAUAUUAUAAAACUUUGGUUGAAAGGAAGAAGCAAAUCUUAUAAAUUUAAAGGCUUUAGUAUUAUUGUUGUUGCUGGUGCUGUUAUUAUUAUUAUUAUUAUUAUUAUUAUUAUUAUUAUUAUUAUUAUUAUUAUUAUUAUUAUUAUUAUUAUUAUUAUUAUUAUUUUAUUUAUUUAUUUUAUUUUUUUUAUUAUUAUUAUCAUUACUUAUCUUUAUUAAUUGGAAUUUAAGAAAAGUGUUGAAUGGCAUAGCUUGGCUUUAUUUAUUUUACAUUCAACAUGGCAUUUGUAAUUUGUUUUGCAUCUUUUAUCAGGUGUAGGUAUAAACUCAUAGCAUACCCUAACAGUAUAAUAUAGGUAGGUGUGGACUGCAAUUCUUCCCACAGUGCCAGGCUGACAUGUAGACAGACCCCACCAGAUAACAGGUGUACAAGCUAUUCAGUUAGGUAACAAGCACAAACUGCAGUCAAGGAGAAGACAAUGAAUAGAGUAUGGUCUGCCUUGUAGGGAGGAAGAUUGGUGUGUUACAAUCAUGGGCAGUAGUUGAGUAACCUGCAGCACUGAUAUCCCUAUGUUUAGUAUUUUCCUUAACUGUAAUUCCUCUGAUUUGAUGAUGAUGUACAUGUUGUAAGGUUUUGUAAGGUGGCAGUAGAUUAGAGGAGUUAAAUUUGAGGAAAACACAAAGCACAGUGUGAAAAAAGUGUGGCAGGAUAACUGACUGACCAUCACAUAAGUGUUAUCUUGCUUGAAUUAUAGCACAGUAAUAUAAAAAUUUGCUGGAGGUCAAAGCCCUUGUUGAUAACAUUUUGAGAAGUGUAGAGCAUUCCAGGAGACCUUCACAGGACUCACAACUUGAGCAAAAAUGAAGUGGCAGGUGCCCACUGGUCAGGUACAAGUACUUACUGCAAAUAUGUAAUCAUGUAAAUUUAUGACUUAGGUAACUUUCUAACAGUUAGUAGCUUAUCUCAUAAAAUUGACAGGCAGAUACUGCAUCUAGUUUUUUUAUUUAUUUUAUUUUAUUUUAUUUUAUUAUUUUUGUUUUUUCUCCAGCCACAGUGAGGCAAGUCUGCUUGUGCUUUGUAAGUUGGUUCAUUAUAUAGCUAGCCUUACAGUCUUGCUAGCAUAGAUAUACUCUAAUUUGUAUACAUGUACAUAAUUAUAAAUGUAUCAGAUGUGUACAUAAAUACGUAGUGUUCAGUAUUAGCAAACGAUCCAUCUUGUAUAUAAGAGUGAGUAUCCAAAGCAGUGCGUGGGUGCACCACACACAAGUGGAGCCCACACAGUGUGUCUUGUUCCUGCCCAUCACUGCCGCAUCUUGUACAUAAAGUGUAGGGAAUUGUGAGCUAAUGUGCUACGAGAAUUUUAUGGCAUUUUUUUUUUUUUUUUUUUUUUUUUUUUUUUUUUUUUUUAUCUUCACAUAUCAUCCAUUCCUGAUCAUGCAGUAGACCACUUCACAAUCUGGCAGCAUUGUUCAAAAGGAAGCCCUUUACAAAAUUGUCUCCAAGAAAUUAUAAUGCAAGUAGAAAAUCCUUGACGAAAAUUUGUCUCCAUUUUUGUUAGGUACUUGGUGCAAGACAAAAUAUUUUAUCAUUACACUGUUAGUCUAUCAGAAAAAGCAGACUACAUACUGUUAGGCUUACUCACCUUUUAUAAUGGAACUCAUACCUUGCAUCAUGAGAUUUUCUUUUCUUUUGAUUUCAUUCUGUAAACUAAGAUUAAUUUUAUGUAACCAGUUAUUUCUGUUCAGUUUAGACUGCAUUGUAUACACACCAAUGAAGAGAUGUGCAAGAUGGAAUGGAGUAUGUAUGUGGUGCCUUGUAUUAUAGUAGCAAUACCUUACUGGCAGUCUACCUAAUCAAAGAGUAAAACAAA